AAGCGACCACAGAAGAAGAAAUCCUGUUGGGCUAGUUCCUGGUUUGCUAAAGUCCAGAGCCAGCCUGUCUGUUUAGCCUGUCAUACAUCUCCUAUUGAAGGUAAACUGUUAUUUUAUUCGAUAAAUAUGUUCAAGGGCUUCGGGACGUGGUUGGGGUUUGAGAACCCGACGUUCACUAAGACGUCGGAGGACACAGAGGAGCUGACAGUGGAGCAGGAAGAGAAGGUGGUGGAGGCACAAAAUGAGGUAAACAAACAACAACCAGCUGACCACGACGAAGAACCUGAGGAGAACCAGGAGAACUCCGAGGAGACCAAAGGACUUGGUGGUUACAUCUUCAGCUUUGCCUCCAGUGCCACAAAGAAGAUCUCUGAGUCCGUGGUAGAGACAGCGCAGACCAUCAAGAAGUCUGUGGAAGAAGGAAAGAUUGACGGCAUCAUAGACAAGACUUUUCUUGGAGACUUCCAAAAAGAGCAAGAGAAGUUUGUCCAAGAGAAGAAGUCAAAAAAAUCAGAAGCAGCAGUGCCUCCCUGGGUCGGAUACAACGAGGAGGAGACAAUCCAGCAACAGAUUCUGGCUCUAUCAGCAGACAAGAGGAACUUCUUGCGUGACCCUCCAGCUGGCGUUCAGUUCCACUUCGACAUGGAGCAGAUGUAUCCUCUGGCUUCAGUGAUGCUGGAAGAAGACCAGCUUCUCAACCGCAUGCGCUUCGACCUGGUUCCUAAACAUGUGAAGGAGGAUGUUUUCUGGAGGAAUUAUUUCUAUCGAGUCUCUCUGGUCAAACAGUCAGCUCAGCUCACGGCGCUCGCAGCUCAGCAGCAGAAGGACGGCGAGGACAAAGGUGCCAGUGUGUCGUCGGAUGACAUCGUCUUAAUAGACGUCAGACCAAAAACUCCUCCAGUUUCCAUCAGCAGCGUACAGAAGCCACUUCAAGAAGAGGAGGAGGAGAUGUCAACGAGUCCUGGAGUGUCUGAGUUUGUUAGCGACGCUUUCGAUUCGACAGCCAUUGACCAGGAGGACCUGAGGAAAGAGAUGGAGCAGCUGGUGCUAGAUAAGAAGGACAGUGUCUCAACUCCUGAUGAUGAGUCAGCAGACUGGGAGAAGGAGCUGCAGCAGGAGCUCCAGGAGUACGAGGUGGUGACCGAGUCAGACAACAAAGACGACCAAUGGGACCAAGAGAUCGAGAAGAUGCUCCAGGCCGAUGACAGCUAGAUGUCCACUGCAUCUGUCUGCUAUUUGAUGACCCGAUGUAGAAAGAAGAAAAAUCCAGGAUGAUUGUUCAGAUCCUCCGUCUGUUAAAACUGUGAUGAUGAUUUAGUAAACAUUCUCCUGUAUGUGAUGAAGGUGUAGAUCCAGUGAUAGCAGAAACUGCGCCCUCCUAAGGCAGUUGUAUCAGUUUGUUUCCCAUACUCUGUUUUCAAUGGGAAACAGCCACUAGAUGGCACUCAAAUGCAAGCAUCAUGCAUUUUAUAAUAGCUGGGGCUGUUUUGAAACACAACAAUUUAUCCGUCUCCACUGCUGCUUUCUGGUGGGUUGUACAGUAAAGUCUUAGUGUUGCUAUAGUAGAGUAAAGUCAAAUGUAAAGAAGAUACAUUUAUGUAAAUAAAGAGGACUCUAACACUAUU